AUGAUGUCCUCGGCGCCGCCGUCGGAGCCGGCCACCACCGGCGACGACGACGAUGUGGAGUCCCUCCCCCUUGCCACCGCCUCCGACUACGCCUCCGUCGCCUCCACCUUUGACCCCCUCCUCUCCUCCACUUCCGCCACCGCUGCCUCGCCCCGCUCCCCUCCCACGCGCGCCGCCGCCUUCACCCUCUCCCCGACCUUCUCCUCCUCCUUCGUUGACCCUCCCUCCUACGCCGACGCCACCGGCGCCGGCGCCGGCUCCUCCUCCCCGCGCUCCGCCUCCUCGCCCUCCUCCGCGUCGCCGAGAUCCACGCGCUUGGCGGCCUCCGAGUACUCCCUCCUCGCUGUCUCCGACCCGGAGACCGAGGCCGAGCCUGCCGCUACCUCGCUUGUCCCCGGAUCCGCGCCCACCUACGUCUCCUACCUCGUCACCAGCGUUCACCGCCGGGACCCCGACCAGCGCCGCCAUUCGGUGCGCCGCCGCUUCCGCGACUUCGUCACGCUCGCCGACCGCCUCGCCGAGGCCUUCCGGGGCCAGUUCGUGCCGCCGCGCCCGGACAAGAACACCGUCGAGAGUCAGGUCAUGCAGCGGGACGAGUUCGUGGCGCAGCGCCGUGCCGCGCUCGAGCGGUACCUCUGGCGACUCGCCGAGCAUCCGGCCAUCGGCUCCAGCGACGAGCUGCGCGUCUUUCUGCAGGCCGAGGGAAAAAUGCCACUGCCCGGCAGCACUGAUAUGGCGUCACGGAUGCUCGAUGGUGCAGCAAGGCUGCCGCGGCAGCUCAUUGCUGGGGAGGAUGCCGUCGCCGCGCCACAGGAAGUCGUGCAGCCUGCCAGGGGCGGCAGGGACCUGCUGAGGAUAUUCAAGGAGCUCAAGCAGUCGGUGGUAACUGAUUGGGCCGGUGUCAAGCCUCCCCUGGUAGAGGAGGAUAGGGAGUUCCUGGAGAAGAAAGAUAAGCUGCAGGAGUGGGAGCAUCAGCUCACCAGUGCGUCACAACAGGCAGAAGCACUUGUCAAGGCUCAACAAGAUAUGGCUGAAACAAUGGGAGCGCUUGGAUUGGCAUUCGUUAGACUAACAAAGUUUGAGACCGAGGAAGCAAUGUAUGACUCUCAGAGGAUAAGAGCAGCUGACAGCAGGCGUGUAGCCACUGCCGCUGUUAAAGCUAGCAGGGCAUGUCGAGAUUUGAAUGCGCAAACUGUCAAAUAUCUGGAUACACUGCAUGAACAUUUAAGCAUAAUGUUGUCUGUCCACACUGCAUUUUCUGAUCGGGCAAGUGCAUUAUUGACCGUGCAAACACUCAUGUCAGAUGUGGCAUCAUUACAGUCCAGGAUUGAGAAACUUGAGGCUGCAUCCUCGAAGAUAUUUGAUGGUGAUAGAGCUAGGAUUCGCAAAGUUGAAGAGCUAAGGGAAACAAUUAGGGCUACUGAAGAUGCUAAGUUCUGUGCUUUAAGAGAGUACGAGAGAAUUAAGGAAAAUAACAGGAGUGAACUCCAGCGACUAGACAGCGAAAGAAAACAAGAUUUCCUGGUGAUGCUAAAAGGAUUUGUUGCAAGCCAGGCGGCCUAUGCGGAGAAAAUCGUGGAUGGAUGGGAGACGGUAGCAGAGGAGACGAGCGGAUAUGUGCGAGCGCGAGGAUCUGAUAGCCUAACUUCUUAG